AUGCUUUUAUGUGCAAGAUAUUCGCCAUCACUUUGCAAGGCGAGGUGCAAGAUUGGUUCCACACUUGCCGCCAUGAUCCAUCAGGAGUUUUGUGAUCUUUCCUUGGUUUUCACCAAAGAAUAUUCAUCUUACUGCUCAAUCAAGAAAAAGUUCGACCAUUUAUUGAAUGUGAAGAAGAACCCAAAAGAGUCGCUCCGCGAUUACGUGAAGAGGUUCAAAGCAGAAAAGGCGAAGAUAGUCGAAUGCGACGACUCGAUACCAAGUGCAGUCUUCCAAAAAGAACUCCCAGCGGACCACCCACUAUUCAAAGAAUUGAUCAUGAAAGAAUAUCUAACUCUGGCAGAUUAUUUUACUCUGGUAAAAAAGCAUGCACUUUGGGACGAGGCUCGACGAGUAAACAAGACACCCAAGCAACCUCAGAAAAAGUCAGCAGUGGCUCAAAAAAAGAAGGACGAGAAACAGUUCAGCAAAAGCAGGCAGGAGGCCAAGCGUAGGGACCGACCCACGACCAAAGAAAGCACGACAAUCAGGAACUACUCUAAGUUCUCAAUCCCGAUCAGCCAAAUCAUUCGCGACAUCAAGAAUCAACCAUGGUUCAAGCUGCUGAAACAAUUAAAGAUAGAUACUUCCAAGAUGGAUCACACCAAGUAUUGCCCAUUCCACCGAGGACCCGGUCACACAACAGACGACUGUUACACUUAG